AUGGCCGAAGAGUGGAGUGCUGAGCGUGUCAGAGACACCUUCAUUGGGUACUUCAAGAAAAAUGGCCACACUUUUGUGCCCUCCUCGCCGGUGGUUCCUCAUUCGGACCCGACCCUCCUUUUCACGAACGCGGGAAUGAACCAGUACAAGGCGAUCUUCCUUGGAACAGUCGAACCCUCCUCGGAUUUCGCUACCCUGAAGCGCGCGACCAACACUCAGAAGUGUAUCAGAGCAGGUGGCAAGCACAACGACUUGGACGAUGUUGGAAAGGACUCCUACCACCACACUUUCUUUGAGAUGCUGGGUAACUGGAGUUUUGGCGACUACUUCAAGAAGGAGGCCAUCCAGUACUCCUGGGAACUCUUGACCAAGGUUUACGGAAUUGACCCGGACCGGCUCUAUGUGAGCUACUUUGAGGGCUCCAAGGAAGGUGGUCUCGAACCCGACGACGAGUCCAAGGAACUGUGGAAGUCGAUGGGAGUUGCGGAUGACCACAUCUUGCCGGGAAACAUGAAAGACAACUUCUGGGAGAUGGGUGAUCAGGGUCCAUGUGGUCCCUGCAGCGAGAUUCACUACGACCGUAUCGGAGGACGAAACGCGGCGCACCUUGUCAACCAGGAUGACCCAGAUGUUCUUGAGAUCUGGAACAACGUCUUCAUCCAAUACAACAGGGAGGCUGACCGCUCACUCCGCUCGCUGCCCAACAAGCAUGUCGACACGGGAAUGGGCUUUGAGCGCCUGGUGUCUGUCCUUCAGGACAAGCGCUCCAACUACGACACGGAUGUUUUCACGCCGCUUUUUGCUAAGAUACGUGAAAUCACCGGAGCACGGCCCUACGAGGGAAAGUUCGGGGACGAGGAUAAUGAUGGUGUCGACACCGCCUACCGUGUCGUCGCCGACCAUAUCAGAACUUUGAGUUUUGCGAUUGCAGACGGCUGUGCUCCUAACAACGACGGUAGAGGAUACGUCAUCCGACGAAUUCUCCGUCGUGGUGCCCGUUAUGCUCGUCGUUACUUCAAUGUCGAGAUCGGUAGCUUCUUCGCCCAACUGGUCCCAACUCUGACCCAGCAACUGGGUGGCAUGUUCCCCGAGCUUGCAAGGAGGGAAAAGGACAUUCAAGAGAUUCUGAGCGAGGAAGAGGAGUCGUUCUCGCGCACUCUUGACCGUGGCGAGAAGAUCUUCCAGGAGUAUGCCGAGAAGACGAAGAAGAAGGGAUCUUCAACAUUGAACGGAGCCGACGUUUGGCGAUUGUACGACACCUACGGCUUUCCCGUUGAUCUGACUAGGAUUAUGGCCGAGGAAGCUGGACUCGAUAUCAGCGAGGAUGAAUUCGCAAAGGCUCAGGCGGAUGCCAAAGAAGCUAGCAAAGCCAAGAAGACUUCUGGUGGCGUGGAACUCGUCAAGCUGGACGUUCACGAUCUUGGAAAGCUGGAGGGCAUGACUAACGUUCCCCAAACGGACGACCGCUACAAAUAUGGACGAGGUGUGAUUAGCAGUAAAAUAGUGGCUAUCUACCACAAUAAGGUCUUCGUCGACACUACCGAAGGUCUCCCCGCGGACGCUCAGUUAGGAAUUCUGAUGGAUAAAACCAACUUCUAUGCCGAGCAGGGAGGCCAGGAGUACGACACAGGAAAGAUCGUCAUUGAUGGAAAGUCUGAGUUCGAUGUUACCAACGUGCAGGUUUACGGAGGUUAUGUCCUUCAUACGGGUUUCAUGAACUACGGAUCGUUGUCAGUCUCUGACAAGGUUAUCAGCGAAUACGACGAGCUACGAAGAUGGCCUAUCCGCAAUAACCACACCGGAACACACAUCCUUAACUACGCACUCAAGGAGGUGCUCGGCAAUGAAAUCGACCAAAAGGGAUCUCUGGUCGCUGCGGAGAAGUUGCGGUUCGACUUUUCACACAAGGCGCAGGUUACAACACAGCAAUUGGCCGAGAUCGAGAAGAUCUCUACCGAGUACAUCCGGCAAAACCUCGAGGUUUAUGCAAGCGAUGUCGCACUCGCCACUGCCCGGCAAAUCGAAGGUGUCCGUGCUGUCUUCGGUGAAACGUAUCCUGACCCAGUCCGUGUGGUUUCGGUUGGUGUGCCCAUCGAGGACCUGCUUCGGGAUGUCAAGAAUCCUAAGUGGAGCAAAGUCAGCAUCGAGUUCUGUGGUGGAACCCACGUGGCAAAAACCAGCGACAUCAAGGAGUUGAUCAUUCUUGAGGAGUCCGGUAUCGCCAAGGGUAUCCGCCGUAUCGUUGCGGUUACCGGAGAGGAUGCCUACGCCGUGCAGGAGGUCGCCGCCAACUUUUCUAAGAGGCUUGAUCGCCUUGAGAAGAUGGAGUCUGGUGCCGCUAAGGAAGCCGAGAUCAAGAAGACCAAUGUGGACCUCAGCAACCUGUCGAUUUCUACCGUCACCAAGUCGCAACUGAAGGACAAGUUCUCGGCCAUCCACAAGAAGAUGAUGGAUGAGCUCAAGACCAAGCAGAAGGCUGAGUCCAAGACUGCGAUGGACGCCAUCACCGAGUACUUCGAGAAGAAUAAGGAUAGCAACGUGAUGGUUGCACGCCUCCCCAUCUCCGCGAACGGAAAGGCCAUCGGUGAUGCCCUCAAGUUCGCCCAAACCAAGAACAGCAACAAGGCCGUCUACCUGAUCGCUGGCGACGAGUCCGAGGGAAAGAUCAUCCACGGAUGCUACGCCUCGCCAGAACUCACCAAGCAAACCACCGCGCAAGACUGGGCCAGCGCAGUGAGCAAGAUUGUCGGUGGCAAGGCUGGAGGAAAGGGUCCCACCACUCAGGGAGUCGGACUCGACCCCACAAAGGCCGACGAGGGUCUUGAGGCUGCACGGAAAUUCCUUGAGCAGUUCAAACUGUAG